AUGGCGGCCGUCGCCGAAUUCCCCGACGAUAACUCCGUCCAUCCCUUAUUACUACGUCCCAGCCCACCGCCCGACCAAAACGACGCCGUUCAACCUUCCCGCCGUCUAGCCACCACCACUUCCAUCACAGUCGCCGCCGUCGCAUGUCUGUCCCUCCUCCUCGCAUCUCUCACGGCAUACGCCUUCUGGCCGUCUGAUCCGAUGCUGACGAUCGUGCGGCUGCGGCUGACCAAAGUGAAGAUCCACACGGUGCCGUUUCCGAUCGUCGACAUAACGGUGCGGGUGAUGGUGGAGGUGCGAAACGUCGACGUUUACUCGGUGGGGCUGACGAGGCUGGACGUUGUGGUGUCCUACAGAGGGAAGAGGCUAGGGGAGGUGACGGCGGCAGGAGAAGGGAGGCCGGCGGUGGUGGUGGGGGCGCUUACGACGUCGUAUUUGGAGGCGGAGAUGGAAGUGAACGGGAUCGGCGUUUUGUCGGACGGGUUGUUGCUGAUGAGGGACUUGAAGAGAGGGAAGGUCCCGUUUGGUACGGUGGCGGAAGUUGGUGGGAGGUUGGGUUUCCUCUCUUCUUUUGGAUUCCCUUUCAAGGCAAAAAUGUCAUGUGAAGUGUUGUUGAACACCCACAACGGAACAAUCGUCCGCCAAAGCUGUAACUGAUGAUCACCUGUGCCUACUGCCCAGCCCAGUUCACUUCCAAGUUUUCCAUAUAUUUAUGAUUACUAACAUAGAAGGUGAAGUUGAUGGACCAUGCCAUGCUAGUUGAACCAUGAACUUGGGAAUUGGACCAUGCUUAGAUAGAUGAACCACGUUUGGUGCUAUUGGAUCCAUUGACACAAAGUCAUUUGUCUCUGAAACAAGUGAAGGGUAGAGAUCAAAGCGGUGUCGUUCUUGCAUAGUGUCAUGUGUCGUC